AUGGAUCUAUCAGACGUUAGCGCUAUGCUCGACCAAGCCGAAUCGACAUCGUCUCCGACUAAUGCUGGUAUUAUGGCGGCCCUAGAGCACGUGGUUGGGCGGCUGCACAGUAUUGAGGCAGCCGUCAACGAGCUGUUAAGCGGUCUGAGCUGCGGUCGUCCCGUACUUUCUGCCCUGUGGCAGACAACAGCGACGGUCACAAUACGUCGCGGUGCAGCCGCUUCGCCGAUCCGGUUGCUAAAAGCAUGCAGGUGGUGA